AUGUUCCCGGACCACCACGUUCAGGUCAGGAUGGACAUAAAGGAAGCAGAACAUCCUGGCUUCAACCUGAACACGAACACGCUAUACGGGGAAUUCACGACCACCGGUAACCGGAAAGUCAGGUGCGCCGUGAACCUGACUGACAGAGAGCUCGUCGUCCAGCGGCUCAACUCGGUACCUGCGGGUCGGAGCCGAGUGGUCCUCAGUCUCAAAGACUGCGUCGGCUGUCGGGCGUACCGAAAAGAUGACAACGCCGACCCGGCAGCUUACCUGGUGGCCUAUUUUUACCCGCUCAAGCGGCGCCUGGUGCGCUCCGGGCUCUCGCGCCAAAGAGUGGAGCAGUGCUUCCGUCUCUCCGCGCUCCAAGACCCGCGAGCCAACCUCGACGAGGCGGAGAAGUGGGCUCGGACAGUCCGGGAGCGCUCCAACCGCUGGCACCACCUUCGUGACGCUGGGGUUCUGCUUGGUGAGCUGUCCCACCCGAGCCGAAUUAUGCUGCUGGUGAAUCCACAGAGCGGGAAAGGACAGGCGCUCACGCUCUACAACAACCAUAUCCAGCGCAUGCUCAACGAGGCCGGGGUCCUGCACACGCUGGUCAUCACCGAACGUCAAAACCAUGCCCGCGAACUAGUGAGGGAGGCUGACCUAUCGCAGUGGGACGCUCUCGUCAUCAUGUCAGGAGACGGGCUUCUGUUUGAGGUAAUCAACGGUCUACUGGAAAGAUCAGACUGGGAGAAUGCUAUCCGUACACCUCUUGGUAUACUUCCUGGUGGCUCAGGCAAUGCCUUGGCUGCAUCCAUACAUUAUUACGCUGGUGCUUCGAUGGUGUCUGGUGAGGAACUCCUUGUCAGCUGCGGCUUCCUUCUCUGUAAAGGAGUGGUGUCCCGCAUGGAUCUGGUCUCGGUCCACCUCUCCUCCGGCACUCGUCUCUUCUCCUUUCUUUCCCUGGCAUGGGGCUUCGUCGCUGACGUGGACGUCGAAAGUGAGAAGUACCGCCAUGUUGGGGCGGCUCGCUUUACCCUGGGCACGUUGGUGAAGUUGGCAUCUCUGCGGGUCUACAAGGGAAAGCUUGCCUACCUGCCCGCUACAGGCGAGCACAGCCGAGCUAUAUCCGGACAUAUCGACAAUCAUGAAUUGCCCUCGCGGAACUCUUUCCGAAACACCUGUCAGUCCAACAACUCUCUCACGGCGAGGAGAACGGAGCAUUUGCGGCGCUCCAUCAAAUCCCGGAAGAACCCGUUGGAAUCGCCGCUCCCCCGAAUGGAGGAGCCUCUUCCCGGAAGCUGGGUGCAGGUCCCCGAAGAAGACUUUGUCCUGGUGUUAGCAAUGUACCAGUCCCACCUCGCCGAGGAUCUGCUGGCCGCACCGGGCGCCAACUUGGACGACGGCAUUAUUCAUCUGUUCUACGUCAAAGCGGGAAUAUCGCGCGCCGCGUUGCUUAGGCUCUUUCUAGCCAUGGAGAAGGGCACCCACGUGGCCUGCAGCUGUCCUCACCUGGUGCACACCAAGGUGCGUGCGCUCCGGAUGGAGCCCUAUUCACCCAAAGGGAUUAUAACGGUGGACGGCGAGGUGGUGGAAUACGGGCCGGUGCAAGCGGAGGUGCACCGCGGCGUUGCGAGGCUCAUCAGCGCGGGAACUUCAAGCUGUUGA